AUAAGACUUAUCAGCAUGUACCUGGUCUAUACGUACUACCAAAAGUCCAAGUACCGAACUCGAUAUCAGGGCUCAGUCGCGUUGAUAAAAUGGUGGAGUUGGAAGAGCUGGACCCACUCAGCCCAAUUCAAGACGAAGAAUAUAACGAAGACGACGAAGAACAAAGCGAAGAAAUCAGCUAUGGCGAUCUCAAGAAACGCAUGUGGAAGGACAGAGUGCUCAUGCGCAAGUUCAAGCAGCAGGCACGAAACGACGCCGUCUCCGGAGCUUCCUCCUCCUCUGCCGCCGCCGCCGCCGCCUCCGAAGCCUCCCGCCGGCGGCGAGCGGAAGCUUCCCAACGGAAGAAGAUGGCUCGGGCGCAAGAUUCGGUGUUGAAGUACAUGAUGAAGAUCAUGGAAGUGUGUAAAGCUCAAGGGUUCGUGUACGGGAUCGUGCCGGAGAAGGGGAAAGCGGUGACUGGCUCUUCCAUAUGGUUACAAAAAUUGAUGGAAACAAUCUAUCACGAGAUUUUGUGAAUCACCGACUACUUGGCUGUGGCGGCGGCGGAGCAAAUCGUAAUGGCGCCCGGCGAUCAUGAGCCGAAGUCGUACAUGCACAUGCUCCACGAGCUACAGGACACGACACUUGGGUCUUUGCUCUCGGCUCUGAUGCAACACUGCGUGCCGCCGCAACGGCGGUUUCCGUGGAUAGCUCCGCCGUGGUGGCCGACGGGGAGCGAGGUGUGGUGGGGAGAGCAAGGCUCGUCUCACGAGCAUGGUGCCCCGCCUUACCGGAAGCCCCACGAUCUCAGGAAGGCAUGGAAGGUUAGCGUUUUGGCCGCUGUUAUCAAACACAUGUCUCCGCAUCUGGAGCGAGUUAGACGUCUCGUCCGACAGUCAAAGUGCUUGCAGGACAAGAUGGUGGCGAAAGAGACCGACACCUUGUCCCGAGUUCUCAACCAAGAGGAAGCUCUCCUUCAGCUCACAGAGAAAUGCCUCAAGAUCUCAGACGAAGAACAGGGGCAAAAGCCGUCGAGUCUUGGUUCGAGGACGGGGAAAGGAAAGGAAGUGGUUCAAGAAACGAAUAAGAGAAAGGGUGUUUUCUUCGGCGGGAAAGAGGAUUCGACGUCGGGCAAGGUUUUAUACGCUUGCCAGAACUCGGAUUGUCCUCGGAGUGAAGUGGGUUUGGGUUUUGUAGACAAGAACACGAGGACGGGUCACCAACUUCAGUGUCUUUACAAGGAUUUUGCCCAAGAACCCGACAGAAACAUCGGAGAUCUCGACCGGAUUUCAGACAGGCUGAUGCUGGUUCCAUCUCUUACUCCGGUGGCCGGAGACGAAGAUUAUAGCUUCACGGAAGAGCUGCCGCUCCUCAUGAACCAGUGGCUAGACACGGAGACUCCAAGGACUAAUCAUACCAGCGAUGAUGACAACAGCGGAAGUUCCAGUCACGAUAACAACAUUGGACGAUGGCUCAUGCAUGGUCUGGAUCACCAGGAAGGGUUUGAAGACGAUCCUGCCAUGGAUGGAGCGUUCGAGAAAGGGGACAACGUGGGGUCGGAUGAGAGUCAUUUUCAAGAAGAUGGUAAUGGUAAGCACGCGAAUGAAGAAGCUUUCUCGGUCUGGGACAUGGGUUGUGAAUAAAACGACAUAUAUAUAU